AUGCACCCAGGCGUCCAGACGCUUCAUAAUUUGCUGGCGCAGCAUUUCUGGAUACUGUCCCCAAAGCGAGCUAUCCACGCUGUCACGUCAAAAUGCAUGAAAUGCUUCCGUGUUCAACCACUCGGUGCUCCUGCGCCGUUCAUGGGCGACUUGCCGUCUUAUCGGGUAGCCCAGCUCAAAGCUUUCCUGAGUGCUGCUGUCGAUUUCGGGGGACCUUUUGACAUAGCUCUGGGUCGCGGGCGAGGUAACAAGACCUACAAGGGUUACAUUUGCGUUUUCGUGUGCACCUCGACAAAGGCUGUACACACGGAGCUCGUCACUGAGCUGUCCUCAGACGCGUUUCUUGCCGCGCUUCGCCGCUUCGUCGCGCGUCGUGGUCGGUGUAACCGGUUGGUAUCCGACCAGGGGAAGAAUUUUGUCGGCGCGAACAAUAUUCUGCAACGUAUUGUAGGAGAUGCUGCGACGCAUAGCGAGAUUAAAUUCGAGUUCAAUCCGCCAGGCAGCCCUCACUUCUCGGGUCUCGCUGAGGCCGGUAUCAAGGCUGUUAAAACACAUUUGGCUCGAGUCAUCGGUAGUCAGAGGUUGACGUACGAAGAGUUUCUAACCAUCUUGACCCAGGUCGAGGCUCUUCUUAAUUCGAGACCCCUUACUCCUCUCAGUACCGAUCCUAACGACUUAUCGGCCCUUACUCCGGGCCAUUUUCUCACAACGGAGCCCUUAUCUGUCGUGCCCGAGGAAGACCUAUCAGACGUUCGGGUUAGCCCUCUCCAACGCUGGAAGCUGCUUCAGAAGAUGCACCAGGACUUCUGGAACAAAUGGUCCAAGGAGUAUAUGCAUACCCUCCACCAGCGGAUGAAGUGGCACGAUAGGCAACCCAACGUCCAAAUUGGUGCACUAGUGCUCGUUGUGAAUGAGCAGACGAGCCCAAUGAAGUGGCCCCUGGGUCGCAUCAUCGACACACACCCCGGAUCCGACGGGAUCUGUCGUGUGGUCACUGUGCGCACGGCCAUAGGGUUGUACAAACGGCCUGUGGUCAAACUGUGCCCACUGCCUGCAUAG